AUUGCCACCUAUUGGAAACUGGUAUAGGUACAGGCUGCAGUGCUCUGAUAAAGACAACAGAAGACAAGCUAGACAUACCAAAAUGUAUUUCUGCUAGCAGCUAGCCUGUGGGGAACCAAACUGAAUCAGCAAACCACCCAUUCCUACGAAGAUAAAAUAAACCUGGGCUCAUGAGGAUUGCUGGGCACACACCGAGUGGGAUAUCCACCAAGCACUGGAGUACAGAUAACACUGCACUACCACCACUGUGGUAAGAACAUCAGAUGUCUUGAUACCUGCACAAUUCACAUAAAUCAGGCUAAUCUCACAGAUAUGUUGUCUAGACAUAUAUUUAUUUACUCAGUUUUCUAUUGUCUCUAUAGUAUUCUUAUCAGAAUGCUUGUGUACUUUGUAUUACACAAGAAUAGGAAGUUGAGUUAUACAUUUGGAUACAGUCCCUCGACGAGUGCUGAUUUAACUGUGGUAAUAAUGGCCCUGUAGAAAGAAUUCUUACCACUAAAUGCUUUUUAUCAGCACUCUAAUGGGAUGUCUGGUCUCAUAAUAGGGUGAAUUGGGCUGAAUUGUGGUGACAUUCUGUGUGGGAGUAGACUUAUAUGGGAGGUCUGACUGUGCUGUGGUGGGCCCAGGCAGGCGACAGACUUCUCAUCUCCACAGGAAGUCUGUUCUGUCUGUCUUCCUUGCAGAACAGAUGAGGGGCCGGGAUGGUACCCUAAAUUCUCAGGAAUUUGUUCUUUAGAUAAUGUUCCAAAAACUUUGCAAAUAACAGAGUUGGCGAUAAAGAAAGCACAUGUGGAUUCUUCAAUCCUACCGCAUUGUAUGUACUUUAUUCUUUAUUGGCAUAGUUGCAGCACUGUUUUUGGAACUGGUUCUAAACAACUAAAUAACAUGUUCCUGAAAAUAUAACCUAGUCUAAUGACCAUCCCGAGAGGAGAAGUGCCAUUAGGUGAGGGCCCGAGGCACAGCCAAUGUUCCUCCCAGCAGGGAGACAUCCAAGAGUAGGAGAAACGGGGUACAGUGUUAGAGGAGGAGGCAGCGCUGGCUGUCUCCAGCCCCUAAGGUAAACAGGAUCUUGUCCUGAAGGUCGCUGGGGUGCUCCACAAGGCCACUGGAGACAAUAUCCUGGGUAUUAUUAUCGGAAACGACUAAGAAUAGAGAGCAAGGUGGUUGUCGUGCUUUUGGUUUGUGUUUGGACCAGACGAGCCAAAACGGAAGAUAUUUCUAUAGAAGUGUUACGGUUGUGAAGAUGAUGUUCUGGAAGGGAGUGGCACGUGAGGGGAGGGGGGAGGGCACAUGAUAUUUUAUUUUGAUGGUAAAAUGUCUGAGGUUUUUCAGCCUGUCUGUUAUAGAACAUUUCAAGAUUUUGAGUUGUAGGCCUAGCACCUAAAUAGAGAAGACAUAUUUUGUAAGCUUUUCACAAAUGGAGACUUAAUGUUCUACUGUAUUUUAUUCCAGAUUUUGUUAGUUUUAUUUAUUUUAAUAUAUGUGAUACUGGGCAUAUAGGAUAGACUACCUACACUACAAAAUAAAUGUACUCAUACGUGUUAUUCGAUCAUUUCAACCGAACUGCUUGCACGCGGCAACAGGCGUCUCCAUAGCCAGCCGCUAAAAUAGAACUUGGUUCUAUUUGAGAUUCUUGAUGCGCUGCAAGUCCCGCUUCUCCCAUCUACUCAUUGGUUUUCACGAGCAUACUAACCCACGUGGGUGAUUGGAAUAUGAACAAGGAGAGACUAAUCAAAGAAAACUAACUAACUAACUAGGUUUCUCAAAUAGUCACCUAAAAAGGAUCCACCUAAAAAGGACCUAAUGUGUUUCAGGUAAAAUAACAACCCAAUGUUUAUCUCCCAGGACAAAUUAGCUCGCUAAAUGUCCAUGAAUAUUUCAUGUGUGCUUCGACCUCUCCCCAAAUUAAUAUCGUUGGUUUUGGUGUUUUUAACCUCUGUCUUUCCCCACGAGACGCAUGAAUGACAAUCAACAUACGCACGAUGGCACACACGGGGCCAGUUUGAUCAAGGUGUCAGUGUUUAUUUCUUUAUAAUUGAAGUGAUUUACAAGGUGGACCACACUUAAAUGACUAAUCUAACCGCUUAUAAAUUAGAUUACUGCUAAACUGACUUUGGUCUUCUGAGACAACGUGCUUGUUUGCCGGGGUAAUAAAAAUGCUGUCCAAUACCUGCCCUAUGGGAGUUAGAUUAAUUGGACCUGCUUGACAAUGGUGAAAUCAAUAGCAAAGCAAACGCCAGUGUAAUGCAUCAGAGAUUCAGGUGUUAGACCAUGCACGUGAUUGUCAGUCUUUUCAUUUCAUUGCUACACCUUUCAAAUUAAUCAUUUGGUAUUUUCUGAUGGAUGACCUAUCAUGAUGCCAUUGAUUUAUGUUGCUGCCAAUACAGGCUAUGUAGUACACAUCACAUUCAUUCAACGUAGAAUGCUUGUCUUUUCUUUUUUUCUUAUAAUGCCAGGGGCAAGCUAUGGUAGACUUCGUUGAUUUUGAGUGUUAAAUGGCUUAAAGAAUGUAGCCUGUUAUUAAUUGCAGUAGCUAAUCUGUGUUCCAUAUGCCCAUACCAUUUUUUUAUGGCAUAAUAGGCUCUUUCCAUAUUUUUGUUAUUGUAUUUCAAAUUGGAGGUGGAGCCCACCAUUAUAAAUGGCAAGUAUUUCAGAAAAUGUUUUGCUAUUCUGUAAUUUGAUCAUAAGAACUUGAACAGAUCAUGAAACAGGUUGUUUCAAAAUUCAUACUUGUGUUCUGUCUAGAACAUUAGGCGAGUACGGACGUCAACUGUCAUUUUUCAAGUGCGAUUCCAAACGGACAGAUAGCAACUGAUGCGUUAAUUUUACUCCAUGGCAUUGGCUUGGCAGGACAAAAGUCAUGCCUGGUGGUUUGGAGAAAAUGGGUUGAAUAAUCAACUACAAGUAAAUCGGUGACCACUUGAUCAAGCCUAUGAAUAUUCUAAACUUUUUACAAAACCAUUGCACAUUUGUAAAGGUAGUUGUUUCUCAGCAUCUUGAACCAGGGGUGUGAUCAUGAGUCCAAACUAAAACAAGAUUCUAUUGGACAAAUUCAGGUUGAAGCACAUCCCACCCUAACACCUAGACACAUGUAAAGAACUUGGAAACCUGCCAUCCACCUGGAAAAUCACCCUAUCCCAGGGGUUUAGUCAGUAGUUUAUUAAGCAGUGUGCAACAUCACUACAGUAGAUCCAUACAUGUUGUUUUCUAUCAUGCAACUUAUGAAGCUCAUUCUAAAAUACAAUGAGUUCUCUUCUAGGGGAACUUCACUGUGUGCAAGUUUUUAUUCCUGCCCUGCACAAACACCUUGUUCAACUAUUCGUGGUCUACAAUUUACAGGAAAACAAAUAAAAGCGACCAUAUUUAUUAAAAAUGCCAAGUGUUGAUGUCUCCCCACAGUUCUGGUUUUGAGGCUUGUCAUCUGGGGCCUGCAGUUAAUCUGUCAAAUUCCCUACAAGGAGAGAGAAAGGCAUUCAUAAUAUUACAAUGGUGUAAUUAUUUAAUGUAAUUCCUGUUUGAUAUGCAUGCAUAUAAUUAAAGUGGACAUUGUCCUUUUAAUAUGCCAGUGUUUGUUUUGUAUCCAAUGCAUUUAGCUUACACUAGGAUGAAGUGGCCUUCUAAUCUAGUUGUAGUAUUGCAUCAUAUCGCCUAUCAUUUGGUUAUCAGUGGCACCUGUCAUACGUCCACAACGAUGUAGCAGCAGACCAAGUAAUGUGUGAGAGGAGGACCCCACAUAAAAUAUUGAUUGAGGAGAACGACUCUGGUCGGUGUCAGCUUAAUUCACUAACACGUACUGAGGAGAACGUUUCUGUGUAAACAAAUGUAGCUAGCUGACUGCGUGGUGAUGCGGUUUCCUGUUUGUCAGUCACAUUGAAGUACGUUUCAAAUUUAAUGGAUUUUAAGCACUGCAUUCUCCAUUCUAGACAGUAUGCUCUCUCAGGUGUUCUUGGAAGUUCACCCUUGAAAGAACUGGUGAAUGUGGGUGUGCAUUUUGAAACAUGGCCAUACUGUAUGUCAUACUACUCUCCUCUUCACAGGUAAACCAUGAUCCCCAUCACUGAGCUGCGUUACUUUGUAGACUGUCAGCCUGCCUACCGUAUCCUGAAGCCAUGGUGGGACGUCUUCACCGACUACAUCUCUAUCGUCAUGCUCAUGAUCGCCGUGUUCGGGGGCACGCUGCAGGUCACUCAGGACAAGAUGAUCUGCCUGCCCUGCAAGUGGGUGGUCAACCAGACCUGCAGGAGGUAUUUCAAUGCCACCCUGUCGGCCCCGCUGAUGUUGGAGCCCAAAGGGAUCCAAUACAACCUGGACCGCCACCAGUACAACUACGUAGACGCCGUCUGCUAUGAGAACCGCCUGCACUGGUUCGCCAAGUACUUCCCCUACCUGGUGCUACUGCACACGCUUAUCUUCCUGGCUUGCAGUAACUUCUGGUUCAAGUUCCCCCGGACUAGCUCCAAACUGGAGCACUUUGUGUCGAUUCUCCUGAAGUGUUUUGACUCUCCCUGGACCACCAGGGCGCUGUCUGAGACUGUGGUGGAGGAGAGCGACCCCAAGCCGAUGAAGAUGAAUGGCUCAAUGGAUAAGAAAGUGUCGUGUAUCAGCGAGGAUGUGGAGGCUAGCGUCCCCAUGCUCCAAAGGACAAAGUCUCGCCUGGAGCAGGGUAUUGUGGAUCGCACAGAGACGGGCGUCCUGGAUAAGAAAGAAGGUGAACAGGCAAAGGCCUUGUUCGAAAAAGUGAAGAAGUUCCGCAUACACGUGGAAGAAGGAGACAUUGUGUACAGGCUCUACAUCCGACAGACUAUUAUCAAAGUCAUUAAGUUCAUUUUGAUUAUCUGCUAUACAGGGUAUUAUGUGCACAAUAUUCAGUUCAGCGUGGACUGUAGUGUGGAUCUAGAGGACCUCACGGGGUAUAGCAUGUAUCGUUGUGCUCAUCCUCUGGCCACGCUGUUUAAGAUCCUAGCUUGUGUCUACAUCAGCUUAGUGGGGGUUUAUGGAUUCAUUUGCAUGUAUACCCUCUGUUGGAUGCUGCGGCGCUCACUGAAGAAAUACUCCUUUGAGUCGAUACGAGAGGAGAGCAGUUACAGCGACAUACCGGACGUAAAGAACGACUUUGCUUUCAUGCUGCACAUGAUCGACCAGUACGAUCCGCUGUACUCCAAACGCUUUGCCGUCUUCCUGUCUGAAGUGAGCGAGAACAAGCUGCGGCAGCUCAACCUGAACAAUGAGUGGACUCUGGACAAACUGAGGCAGAGGAUCACCAAGAACUCCCAGGAGAAGCUAGAGCUGCACCUGUUCAUGCUGAGCGGCAUCCCAGACACCGUGUUUGAUCUGAUAGAGCUGGAGGUGCUGAAGCUGGAGCUCAUCCCAGACAUCACCAUCCCUCCCAUCAUCGCCCAGCUGGUCAACCUGAAGGAGAUGUGGCUAUACCACACCCCGGCUAAGAUCGAGGCUCCGGCCCUGGCCUUCCUCAGGGAGAACCUCAAGUCCCUCCACAUCAAAUUCACAGACAUCAAGGAGAUCCCUCUGUGGAUCUAUAGUUUGAAGAACCUGGGCGAGCUGCACUUGACGGGGAACCUGAGCGCAGAGAACAAUCGAUAUAUUGUUAUUGAUGGGCUACGGGAGCUGAAGAGGCUCAAGGUCCUCCGGCUAAAGAGCAACUUGACCAAGCUACCUCAGGUGGUGACGGAUGUGGGGGUGCACCUCCAGAAGCUCUCAGUUAACAACGAGGGCACCAAGCUGAUGGUUCUCAACAGCCUGAAGAAGAUGGUGAACCUGACAGAACUGGAGCUGAUACGUUGUGAUCUGGAACGCAUCCCACACUCCAUCUUCAGCCUGCACAACCUGCAGGAGAUUGACCUCAAGGACAACAAUCUGAAGACUAUCGAGGAGAUCAUCAGCUUCCAGCACCUGCACCGUCUGGUCUGCCUUAAACUCUGGUACAACCAGAUUGCCUACAUUCCCAUCCAGAUCGGCACCCUCAACAACAUGGAGAGGCUCUAUCUGAACAGGAACAAGAUUGAUAACAUCCCCAGUCAGCUUUUCUAUUGUCGUAAGCUACGCUUCCUGGACCUGAGCCAUAACAACCUCACCUACAUCCCAGCAGACGUGGGGUACCUGCAGAACCUCCAGUACCUGGCAGUCACAGCCAACAGAAUCGAGACCCUGCCCAAUGAGCUGUUCCAGUGUAAGAAGCUCCGUACUCUGAACCUGGGGAAUAACUGCCUGACGUCUCUGCCAUCACGCUUCGGGGAGCUGACGGGGCUGAUCCAGCUGGAGCUGAGGGGGAACAGGCUGGAAUGUCUGCCCGUAGAGCUAGGGGAGUGCAAGCAGCUGAAGAGGACGGGCCUGGUGGUGGAGGAGGACCUCUUCAACACCCUGCCCACCGAGGUGAAGGAGCAGCUGUGGAAGGUGGACAAGGAGACGGCCUGAACAGAUGGGGGUUGGAGGUGGAUGUUCACUCCGUUGAAACAGCCAGGGCCCCUGGAGGGCUGGGGAGGACUACACAGACUCAGACAGCACGCUAACCGAGCAGGACCUGCUCACUUUGACUGUACUCUACUGCAGGGCUGCUUUUCAAGGGAAUCUAUACUAAUGUCCCACCGCCAUGCUACUUUUUUCCUGCAGUAACAGUUGUGAAAUGCCGUUUUAAAAGGGACAUUUGUAAGGAAAAGUGUUAAGUUUUACAAGACGUGUGUGGAUUGAAUGAGAUCAGAUGUGUUGCAUAUGAGAAUGCAAAUGCAAUAUUCCUGUAAGAGAAAGGACUUAAAUAAUUAGCCAGCAGAUGCAUUUUCUGGUGGGCAGUGUUAUUGUCAUUCAGACAGGGUAUAUUAUCCUGUCAUAUCGUAUUGUAACCCAUUUAUAUAACACAAUGCAGUAGACUACCCUUGAUCCAGAUUCUAGGGUGCUACGGGAUGUUUGGAGAUUUACGGAACGGGGUUAUGGAGAAAAAUGGGGGAAGGCCUCAGGGCCAUGCUUUUUACAUUUCAGGUGUGGGGAGGGUUUAGUAUUUAUUUUUUAUUGAGUCCUGUAAUUGAUCAAAUGAUGUUUUCUCGGUUUUAGAAUGACUUGCUUACUAUAUAACGAUGUGUGCGCUAUGCCGCCCCAAAACCCUUAUUCUCCUCUGGGCACCCAAUUUCAAGUGACCUAUAGUCUAUUGGCUGUGAUCCCAAUCAAAGGAUCCAUUGCUUAUAGGCCUAGGCUAUACGAAGUGCAUGCUUGGAGAAGCACAAGGCAAAGUUAUAUUUGUAAGAAAAUGAACUUCCUGAAUGUUUUGCGCUGUUCUGAUGGUGUAAAUUAAACUAGACUACACUGCAAUGGAUUUUCCAGUCAAGAACCCUGCUCUUGCUGACCAAAACCUGUUUGUGCUAUCUAACCAAUGGCUGUGCAAUGUGGCAGUUCAGGAGGUGAGUCAGAUAUCUUCUGAAAAUAAUUUUUAAUUACGGCUAAUUUGAGUAGGCCUAAUUAUUUUCAAGUCUUGAUUUUAAUUUGACUUUACUAACAAGAGGGCUUUGUGUUGGAGCCUGUUUCUUCCUAUUUAAGAAAAAGAGGUAGGCCUACCUGUUUGACAGAUGAAAUCAUAGGAUGUUAUAAAUUGAUUUUUCUCGGCCAGUUCCUCCACCAACCAUGCACUCUUUAAAAGCAUCUGUCAGUGAAGGGCUUGGUGUGUUAAGUGAAAACCACGUCUCGAAUUGAGGGGGUAUGUGAGUAUGCCAUACCUUUUGUUAAAGAAAAUGUCAAAAAGCAUAGACCUACCCUUUAUUUUUAAGAAAAUAAAACGGACCCUAUUAUAUAAAGCAAUCUAUAAUGGUGCUUUAGUCCGUGAUGCUUUAUGCUAGAAUCGAGCUGUAAAAUACAUGGGAAAGACGAGACUCCGAUGCAUAUGGGGAUGUAUUUGGUUUGUCUCUAUGACAUUGAGGCUGAGCUACAACCUUCUAUAGCCGACGAGACAAAAAAAUUGACUUCGCUUGGGAAGUAAUCUAAUAUGUGUGAUUCUGUCGCUAUCAAUUGAGCUAUUAAUUUUCUGUAAAAUGUUUAAACUCCAACAGCUUUUAGGGAGGUAUGCAAGGUCAAUGCCUUCCUCGUACACAGCAAAACACAUGAAUAAGAGGAGCCUGCUUGUCAUCAGAAACGUGGAUUAUAACACAGCUGCAAUGAGCAUUACUAUGGAUGAAGACAAGAUUAACAAAAUAUGGUCUUUUUACAAAAGUACAACAAAUACAUCAUAGGAAUGAUAGCUGGCUAUCACUAUGUAAACCUGGAAUUGUAUGUCAAUCACUAACUGCUACAGUACUACCUUUGCUCCUUCUAGCCAAAGGUUAAUACAGUAUGAUCCCCGAAAAACGGAUUAUUUUAAAUAGGCAGUGCAUGGACAUUUUCACAUGUCAGUUAAUGGGAGGAGAGAUGUGAAUAAGAAGUCAAGAAGAUUUAAAGGGAUUUAUUAAAUAUAUAUAUUGCACUAGAUGGAUGAAAUCAUCUUAUCUACAGUAAGAGGUUUGUCUUGUAUUACACCGUCAGACAAAUGCACAAAAAGCACAGUGUGUAGGCUAUUUAUGUUAUUGGAGGUUAUGAUGAAAUGCAAAUGUCCUCAGCAAUGCUGGCGUAGACAAUCAACUCUAAUUUCAUGGUGUAUUUUCAGUGACAUUAUGCAUGUUAUAAUGGAAUUAUCUACAUAUUAAUGCUAGAUUACAUAGAAAGUGAGACAAGACUAACAGUAAAGACCAGAUUCAGCCUAGUCCAGGACUAAAAAGCAUUCUCCGUCUCAAUGGAAAUUCUCAUUUGAAAGAGGUUUUUAUUCCAUGACGAGGCUGAAUCUGUCUAGGAAACCGACCCUAGAUGAGUCCUGCCCAUCAUCAAGCGUGGGGUGUCUUGAAGAAACUGUCCCCUUAUGUCCUGUGCAAUGCAGUGUUCAAUAUGGAAACUGCAUUUGGUGCACGGGGUGUUUGUUGAAGUCUGUGAAUCAAUGUGUAAUCCCAAGGAAACCCAUUUGAAUCUUUUUUUAAUCUACUCUCACUCACUAGCCUAACUCACUAAAUCAAUCUUAUUGAAGCCACUAUUUUUAGGUAGGUUUAUUGAGUGGUAAAUGAAAUGCAAGCAAAUACUUCAUGAUAUUAAUUUGAAGAACAGUCGCACUUAGACAUUCCAUUUUUCUUCAGUGUUGACAGCUAUUAGUACAGUACACCAAAACCUCAGGAAAUUGCCAUUAAAUUUUAUCCUACUUUUUUUGUUGACAUUUUUGUUUAUUCCACUCAGUAUUUUGAUGUUAAUUUAACAGUUGUUAUACCACACAUUUUUAUAUUUCUAUACUUUUUAAAAUGUUUUCUGUUUUUUAUUAGCAUUUAAUAUAAUAUGAAUUGCUGGUUCGAAAUUGUCGGACUUUUAAUAAAAUAAAUCUGAAAUCAUACAUCACAUGGGGCAAUUAAUUUCUAUGUCUUCUGUUACAUUCUGAAACACCGAUUUAACAAUGUUAAAGGUUUCUUUUGGUUCUCACUUGAAUUAAGAGUAUGGAAGGAAAGUAUGUUCUGUUUUUAAUCUCAUUUGUCAUCCUUUCCAACAUGUCAUUUUGACACUUGUUUUUAAAUCUCAUUACUUUGUUGACUGACAACCCCAGUUUAACUUUUCAUUCAGACACAGUGACUAGCAGUCAGUAGUGUAGCACCAGUAUUACAUUUAUUUUUUUAAAUUCAGCACUUUUGGACAAUAACUUUGCUAUUUUGUUUAAAUGACAUGAAUGUUGUGAACUGUGUCUCAUGCUAAUUAUCCCCUUAAGCAUUAUCACCAUUCCCCUCCUUUACUCUUUCAUUCCUGUUAUGAAAGUAUAGUAUAAUAAAUGUAAUUGUGCACAUA